AUGCCUCAGAAGCUCGAAGGAUCGUGUCACUGCGGUGCUGUAAAGUUCACACUGGAGUCAAGCUCGCCUGUGCCAUACCAGCUCUGCUUCUGCAGCAUCUGUAGAAAAGUCGCGGGUGGCGCGGGUGGCACCAUCAACCUCGGCGGUAUCGCGAAGUCGCUCAAGAUCGAUGGAGAAGAGCAUAUCAGCAAAUACCACGCCGUUUUGGACCGCGGAACAAAGGAUGAGAGGCGGGCAAGUUCGGAGCGUAGUUUCUGUUCCAAGUGUUCCACGAUGCUAUGGCUUUGGGACGAGCAGUGGCCCGAGCUCAUCCAUCCAUUCGCGUCUGCUAUUGAUUCACCGCUGAAGCCGCCAAAGGAGAUGGCAUGCAUUCUCAUGGACUCGAAGGCUGAGUGGGCUCGCUUGCCUGAGGGUCCAAAGAAGAUCUACGACCACUACGGGUCGGGUUCGCUCGAGGACUGGCACAAGCACAACGGCGAAUGGGUAGAGUAG